ACGCCUGCGCAGUGGCCUUUCCCCCGUGGGGGUCCCGGCGGCGGCACUAGAGAGAGAAGACUGGUGGGCGUUGGCGGCCAAGAUGACCCAGGCCGAGAAGGGGGACGUGGAGAACGGGAAGGAGAAGGGCGGGGAGAAGGAAAAGGAGCAGCGCGGCGUGAAGCGGCCUAUCGUGCCCGCACUGGUGCCGGAGUCUCUGCAGGAGCAAAUCCAGAGCAACUUCAUCGUUGUCAUACAUCCAGGUUCAACAACUUUAAGGAUUGGUCGAGCCACAGAUACCCUUCCUGCGAGCAUCCCUCAUGUUAUUGCACGAAGACACAAACAACAAGGACAGCCCCUAUACAAGGACAAUUGGCUCCUAAGGGAGGGGCUAAAUAAACCUGAAAGUAAUGAACAAAGACAAAAUGGCCUUAAAAUGGUGGAUCAAGCAAUAUGGUCUAAAAAGAUGUCAAAUGGCACAAGACGGAUUCCCGUGUCCCCUGAACAGGCACGCUCCUAUAACAAGCAGAUGCGACCCGCAAUUUUAGAUCACUGUUCUGGAAAUAAGUGGACAAACACAUCUCAUCACCCUGAGUAUUUGGUAGGAGAAGAGGCCUUGUAUGUUAAUCCAUUGGACUGUUACAAUAUUCACUGGCCUAUCCGAAGAGGUCAGUUAAAUAUUCACCCAGGACCUGGGGGCUCCCUUACAGCUGUUCUGGCAGAUAUUGAAGUAAUAUGGUCUCAUGCAAUACAAAAAUAUUUGGAGAUCCCACUGAAAGAUUUAAAGUAUUAUAGAUGUAUCUUGUUAAUUCCUGACAUCUAUAAUAAACAGCAUGUGAAAGAACUAGUGAAUAUGAUACUAAUGAAGAUGGGUUUUUCAGGGAUUGUGGUCCAUCAGGAGUCUGUGUGUGCCACCUUUGGAAGUGGUUUAAGCAGCACGUGUAUUGUAGAUGUUGGGGACCAGAAGACAAGCGUAUGCUGUGUGGAGGAUGGGGUGUCUCAUCGGAACACUCGGCUCUGUCUGGCAUAUGGGGGAUCUGAUGUGUCAAGAUGUUUUUACUGGCUAAUGCAGCGAGCUGGGUUCCCUUACAGAGAAUGCCAGCUAACAAAUAAAAUGGAUUGCCUUCUUCUGCAGCACCUUAAAGAAACUUUUUGUCAUUUAGAUCAGGACAUUUCUGGGCUUCAGGACCAUGAGUUUCAGAUUCGACAUCCAGAUUCUCCUGCCUUGCUUUACCAGUUUCGAUUAGGAGAUGAAAAACUUCAGGCUCCAAUGGCUUUGUUCUACCCAGCAACUUUUGGAAUUGUUGGACAGAAAAUGACAACUCUGCAGCACAGAUCCCAGGGUGACCCUGAGGAUCCUCAUGAUGAACAUUACCUGCUGGCCACGCAGAGCAAGCAAGAACAGUCUGCGAAAGCUACUGCUGACCGAAAGUCUGCAUCCAAACCCAUUGGAUUUGAAGGGGAUCUUCGUGGCCAGUCCUCUGAUCUUCCAGAAAGACUCCAUUCACAGGAGGUGGAUUUGGGGUCCUCCCAGGGAGACUGCCUGAUGGCUGGCAACGAUUCCGAGGAGGCCCUCUCCGCACUGAUGUCCAGGAAGACUGCCAUCUCACUGUUCGAAGGGAAAGCCCUGGGCUUGGAUAAAGCCAUCCUUCAUAGCAUAGACUGCUGUUCAUCUGAUGAUACCAAAAAGAAGAUGUACAGCUCCAUCUUGGUGGUGGGAGGUGGUCUGAUGUUCCAUAAAGCUCAAGAAUUCUUGCAGCACCGAAUUCUCAACAAAAUGCCACCUUCAUUCAGGAGAAUUAUUGAAAAUGUGGACGUGAUCACAAGGCCUAAGGACAUGGACCCCCGGCUGAUUGCAUGGAAAGGAGGGGCAGUGUUGGCUUGUUUGGACACAACACAGGAACUGUGGAUUUAUCAGCGAGAAUGGCAGCGCUUUGGUGUCCGCAUGUUACGAGAGCGAGCUGCUUUUGUGUGGUGAAACAGGGAGGAAAAGUCACUGUCCAAGACCAAAAACAAGCCUCUUGGAAUAAAAGACUCUUAUAGGAAUAUAUGUAUUUUAAUUCAUUGAACUAGAUGCUUAAGUUGCAUGAAAAAUGAAUUUUUUUUGGCAGCUGGCUGGUACAAGGAUCCAAACCCUUGACCUUGGGAAAAUAAAUGAAUUUCAACUUUAUGUUGAGGACAUGACAUUGGUUUGAAAUUAUAAGCUGCUAUUGUAGUCAGGACAUUUGAGAAUAAAUAUGAACUUACUCUUCAGUUGUAAACUCUCCUGACCCUUUCUCAACUCCCUAGUGAUGUAAAAUUUUGCUGUUAAGCAUUCUCACGUGGUGAAGCCCUUAGUUUAAGUUGACUUCUGAUUGUCAUCAACAGGCAGUCUUAUCUAGUUAUGGGGGGUGGUGUGUGACUGUGAGAAGAAAUGUCUGGUCAUGCCAUUUUCCCUCUGGUCUGCGACAGCAGUUAGCAUCUAAAGUUGUCUGAGUUAUAUGCAUGUAUAAUGUCCACUUGGAGUUCCAAAUAGGAAAAAAAGUUUUGGUUUUUGUUCUUUUUUUCUUUUUCAUUUUCUGUUGGAUUACAAAAAAGACUGGGACACAUUGAGGUCUAGAUUUCCAGAGGCAAAGAUUUAUUGCUGGAGGGCCGAGCCCGUGGCGCACUUGGUAGAGUGCUGCGCUGGGAGCGCGGCGACGCUCCCGCCGCGGGUUCGGAUCCUAUAUAGGACUGACCGGUGCACUCACUGGCUAAGUGCCGGUCACGAAAAAACGACAAAAAAAAAAAAGAUUUAUUGCUGGGCUGGCUGGCUUUUGUUACCUGACAUGCUGUAGGAUGGGCUUGGGAAAGAAAACGAUUAUUUGACUAAAACAAGAAAAGCUGAAAAGGAAAUCUUAUUUCUUUCCUGAAGCCAAAUAAAAAUUAUUUAGGUAUAAUUUGGAGUUGUUAGCUUGUGUUGUACAGACAAACAAGGUGACUGCUAUAAUUACUACUAACUUAAUCAUCAAUCACCCAGUUUUCCUUUACAUGAAAAACCAAGUGAAAGCUUUUGGAAUUCUUUAUGUUCAGUGUGAUCAGUUGACUUUACCUUGUGAGCAUUCUGAAGCAAAAUCUAAAUAAUACUGACAGCUGUUACCGCUGGUGGUCUAGGCCCUGAGGAAGCCUUCUGCACUCCUGACAAGAGGAAGAGAAGGCAUUGUCUGGAAACAGGAUCCAGGCAGUGAGCACAGCCUGGUGGCUCAGAGACCUGGGAGGUGUGAGAGAAUGCCUGGUUCCUGCCAUUCAUUGCCAGGCACCUUCGUCCACCAUUUCCCUUACUGAGACUUGAUUUGACACUGUUGGUGGGUCUGUAAGUUAGUGCAGCCAUUAUGGAAAACAGUAUGGAGGUUCCUCAAACAACUACAGGUAGAACUGCCAUACAUUCCAGUAAUCCCACUGCUGGGUGUACACCCAAAGUAAGGGAAAUCGUCAUGUCGAAGGGAUACCUGCACCCCCAUGUUUAUCACAGCUCUAUUUACAAUCGCUAAGAGUUGGAACCAACCUAAAUGUCCAUCAUCGGAUGACUGGAUAAGGAAAAUGUAUAUAUACUCAGUGGAAUACAACUCUGCCCUAAAAAGGAAUGAAAUUCUGCCAUUUGCAACAAUGUGGAUGAACUUAGAGAAAAUUAUGUUAAGUGAAAUAAGCCAGGCACAGAAAGAGAAAUACUGCAUGUCCUCACUCAUAAGUGGGAGCUAAAAAAAAAUUUUAAAAAGACUCAACAAUCACAGUAAUAUGUAGAACUUUCAAAAGGAGAGAAUGGAACUGAGACCACCAGAGGUGGGAGGAGAGGGAGAGAAGUUUAGUGAGAAAUUGGUAAAGGGCCUCAAAAAAUGAUUACAUUGUGUAAUGGUAAAUAUAGUAAUUAUCCUGAUUUGAGAAUCAUGUAUUGCACACAGGUAUUGAUAUUCAACACUGUACCCAUAGAUAAUGUACAAUCAAUUUCACUUAAAAAAAGACUGGAUACAGGGGUGAGGCUGGGGGAAAGACAAAAGUAGGGACAAAUGAAAGAUGGAAAUAAGAAUAUAGACGUCUUAGACUGUAGAGAAAUGCUGGUGCUGGAGUAUUUCGCAUAAAUAGGAGUACGCUGUGUAACUGCUUAGCAAGUUAGAAACAAUGAGUCCACCAGUAUAACAAAAUAAUUUUAACUUGCUAAAUCUAUGUGGGAUGUAUGCCUUCAAUUUGGAAAUUGCAUGUUUGUUUUUCAUUUUUUAAUAAAUUUAUACAGUAUUGAUUUUA